GUCCAGGCCAGAUGCACUGGGUAUGACAGAGCAGGGGCUGCUGCUGAUAGCAGGAGGGGCAGAUGAGUCCUCUUCUGGGAUGUGUCAGGGAUAAAAGCCAGGUGUGCUGCACUCCUAGGGGGAACCCAGGGGCCUGGGGUCCUAAAAGACAUGGACUAUUCAGUACAAGAGGAGGGACUUACUCUGAAGGCAACUCUGAGGUUGCUCUUCCAGGAAGAAGGAAGUGAAUGAUGAUGCUUGGUCUCCAAUGAGCAAGGGGGGCUUCCUUUAGCGUGCGCUGUGCAAGGGUGCUGGUAUACGGCCAGCAACCUCCCAGCUGAGCCAGAGCUGUGGAUCAGGGAGAUGCCAGUGCAACCCCAUGAUGUUCCUUAGUCAUGCUGUUUGCUGCAACAAGUGGAAAUGUGUGUGACAGUAAGGAGUGAGCAGUGAAAACCUCCCUAGAGAGGAUAGAGAUGAUGGCACCGGAGAAGGGGAAGUAUUCUCUUCUGUUUGUUCUCUAACAUCUUCAAGUCUGGACUUGCCCACCUGCCAGGCUCAGUGGCAGAGUUCAAGCUGGCCAUUCCCAGCACACUGAGGAAGGACAAUUGUCCCCUCCUUCACCUCUCUGGGAAAUUUGUGCCAGCAGAUAAGGUGGAUGGCUGGUAGUGGAGCGCUAAGACUGCCCAAGCAGGAUGUCUGGUGAUAUCCCAACAGCAGGCAGUACAUGCACCUUCCCACAGGCAAGUGGAGGGUUGUGUCCCUGCUCCUAGACUUUUGGAAUCCCCUGUAGAACAGCAGGAGAAAGGUCCCACCUCAUUUUGCAGUGCUGGAUCUCUGCUUUCACCCUCCUUACACUCUCUGCUGCACGUGCAGAUCCCUCAAACUCCCUACUGCACCAGUAUGUGGGCUGCAUCCCACAGGCAGGCUGGACCUGGAUGCUGAAGCUCAACUGGGCUCCAGUGGCAGGUCAGCUGGGAAAAACCUCAGGCAUGGCAGCACAAGGCAGCCUCUUUGGAAGACCUGAGUGGCUGGAAAGUCUCCUUGAAAAGGUUCUUUUCGGCUUCGGAAGAAGAUGAGUCACAUACAGGUUGAACAAUCCCCUUCUUCCCUUCUCCCACACACACAAAAUCCCCUGAAUGGGACUUGCAGCAACCACUGAUUCAGAAAUUCAUGGUAUGAGGGCACUGUGGAGUCAGAUAUGUUUUAGUUGGUGUUGUGUUUUUUUUCUUUCCAUUGCUUAAUGAGAAGCAGCGUGGAGCAAUAGAGCAUGCCAGAGGCUCUGCUCUGAACCUGACCCUUUGCUAGAAGUCUCCAGUGGUUUCCUGUGGUUAGGCAGACCUUGAUCCCAGCAGGAGGACUUUCAUCUGUGAUAGCCUGCAGACUCUGCAUCGAUGUUGAGGUUGGAUGGGUUACUGAGACCAGCCUCUUCCUCCCCGGCCGGCGCCCGGUCCCGCGCAGACAUGGACGAGCAUUUCCAGCCCUGCCUAGAUGGGAUUGACUACGAUGACUUCAAUUUCGGCUCCCACAUGAUGGAGCAGAAGGAGCCCCUGAUGGAGACUGUGGAAGGUCCCUAUCUUGUCAUCAUUGAGCAGCCAAAGCAGCGAGGGUUCCGUUUUCGGUACGGCUGUGAAGGCCCUUCACAUGGGGGGCUACCGGGAGCAUCCAGCGAGAAAGGGCGCAAGACCUAUCCCACUGUCAAGAUCUGCAACUACACAGGGUUGGCCCGGAUUGAGGUGGACCUGGUGACGCACAGUGACCCUCCCCGCGUGCAUGCCCACAGCCUGGUGGGCAAGCAGUGCAAUGAGGCUGGCAACUGCAUCGUAGUUGUGGGACCUAAAGACAUGACGGCUCAGUUCAGCAACCUAGGUGUGCUCCAUGUCACCAAGAAAAAUAUGAUGGAAAUCAUGAAAGAAAAGCUAAAGCAGCAGAAGAUGCGCACCAGAAGCCAUCUGCUGACGGAAGCGGAGCUGCGUGAGAUUGAGUUGGAGGCAAAGGAGCUGAAGAAGGUGAUGGAUCUGAGCAUUGUUCGGUUGCGCUUCACCGCCUACCUCCGUGACAGCAGUGGGAACUUCACACUGGCCCUCCAGCCUGUUAUCUCUGACCCCAUCCACGACAGCAAGUCUCCAGGAGCUUCCAAUCUUAAGAUCUCAAGAAUGGAUAAGACAGCAGGCUCUGUGCGGGGAGGGGAUGAGGUCUACUUGCUGUGUGAUAAAGUUCAGAAAGAUGACAUCGAGGUGCGUUUCUAUGAGGAUGAUGAGAAUGGCUGGCAAGCCUUUGGGGACUUCUCCCCCACUGAUGUACACAAGCAGUAUGCCAUCGUCUUCCGCACACCCCCCUACCAUAAGCCCAAGAUCGACCGUCCAGUCACCGUCUUCCUGCAGCUGAAGCGGAAGCGGGGAGGCGAUGUGAGUGACUCCAAGCAGUUCACCUACUACCCGGUGGUGGAAGAUAAGGAAGAGGUGGAGAGGAAGCGCAAGAAAGUCCUGCCUCAAUUUCCCCAGCACUUUGGCGGUGGCUCACACAUGGGGGGUGCUGGGGGUGGUGCUGGGGGCUUUGGCUCUGGAGGAGGUGGGAACCUCAGCUUCCCCUACUCCCCUGGGCUGGCUUACAACAGCAUCUACUCCCCUGGGCCCCAUCCAGUGACAGGCUACCAGGGGGGUGUACAAAUGAAGAGCCCUGAGGUGGAGGCACCCAGGAGCGACAGGCAGGCACCUGCAGAGAGGACAGAGGGCACAUACUGCAAGGAGCUGCAGCAGCAUGCCCAGCAGUGCCAGUUGUGGAUGCUGUCACUGGCCCGUCGCAGUGCCCAUGCCCUCCUUGACUACUCGGUCACUGCUGAUCCCCGCAUGCUGCUGGCAGUCCAGAGGCAUCUGGCUGCAUCGCAGGAUGAGAAUGGAGACACGCCUUUGCACCUUGCUAUUAUCCACGAGCAGACAGCUGUGAUCAAGCAGCUGAUUGAGGUCAUUGUGAGCAUCCCCAGCCAGCAGAUCAUCAACAUCUCCAACAACCUGCAGCAGACACCACUCCAUCUAGCAGUCAUCACCAAGCAGCCCCAGGUGGUCCAAGUCCUGCUGCAAGCCCGUGCUGACCCCACUUUGCUGGACCGCUAUGGCAAUUCGCUGCUGCACCUGGCACUCCAGGCUGGUAAUGAAGAGAUGCUGAGGACACUGCUGGCCCACCUGGGCUCAGCUGCCCCUUACUUGCUCCGCCUCCCCAAUUUCCACGGCCUCCUGCCUGUGCACUUGGCUGUGAAGGCAAAGAGUUUGUCUUGCCUGGACCUGUUGGUCAGGAAAGGAGCAGAUGUGAAUGCAGUGGAGAGGCAGGGUGGGAGGACCCCACUGCACCUGGCUGUAGAGAUGGAGAACCUGAACAUGGCCACUCACCUGGUGAAGAAGCUGGGAGCAGAUGUCAACAGCAGGACGUUUGCUGGCAACACACCCCUGCACCUGGCUGCCAGCCUGGGCUCCCCAACCCUCACCAAACUGCUCCUCAAAGCAGGGGCAGAUGUGCUGUGUGAGAAUGAUGAGCCUGUGAGCCCGUCCUCAUCAGAGGCCAGCAGUGAUACAGAUGCUGACCCCGAGGAGCAGGAGCUGGCCAUGCAGCUAGGGGAGCUGGCCACAGCAGUGGAGCACAGCAUCAACCUCAAGCCCCGCGCACAUGGGCAGUUGCAAACAGGGCACAGACAGCACCGCUGCCACACACCCCUGGACCUGACUCGCAGCCAGAAGGUGCGGGAAAUCCUGUUGCAGGCCUCCCAGCAGGGCCCUGAGGUGGAACUGCCUGCUGCCCCCCAACCAGGGAAGGUCCUGACACUGGACAGUGAAGCGCUGCAGGGACUAGAGCAGCUGCUGAACCAGAACUGCAGUGGGUCAGACUGGAUCGAGCUGGCCAAGCGCCUGGGGCUCUGUAGCCUGGUGGAGACCUACAAGGACACUCCAUCACCCAGUGUCAGCCUCCUGCGCAGUUACGAGCUAGCAGGGGGCACCAUGGGGGGGCUGCUGGAGGCACUGGACUCCAUGGGGCUCCACAAGGCCGUGAGGAUGCUCCACAAAACGGAGGCACUGGAGAAGCUGCAAAGCACAGAGCUGAAGGAAGACAGCGCCUAUGGCAGUGAGUCAGUGGAGGAGGAGCAGGCACCCUGCUUGAAGCCAGGACAGGGAGGCGAGCUGCCACACAGCCAGCAGCCACAGGUGCACUGAGGAGUUGGCAGCCCCCCACCCUGCCCUGCCCACACAAGUGCCUUUGAGACUUAGGGUCUGUCUGCCUGGAGUCAGAGGGACAGGACACAGCCAGCUCCUGCCCUUCUCUGCUCUUAUUUAAUUGUCUCUCCUCUGAAUAAAGGGACACUCUGUCCUUUAGCCUUUGCCCUCUCUCCAGCCCCAGCCCUGAGCCAGCAGGCACUAAGACCUCUGAGCUCUGCCUGGGGCUGGGAGUCCAGCAGGAAGAAAGAAGCUGCUGGCCCUCCUCAGCAUCACUCCAUGCUAGGGCUGUCCCCAGCCCUGGGGGAGAAACCACAGCACACAGAAGUGAAGAGCCAGUUUUACUUCAGUAACUGAGAGAAGAAGCUGUACAAAGGUUUUUUUCUCCCCGAGCCACCUCGGGCAAGGGUGGAUUUUUUUUUUCUGAAUAUUUUUUUCUUUUCUUUUUUUUUUUCCCCAGUAGACUCAAAAGAGCAGAAUAAAAAGUUUGACACA